CGAUCAUCAUGCAACUCCCACCGCUCUAAAAGCAUCAUCUCCGUCACUGUUCAGGUGGCACGUAUCCCCCAAACCCUGUUCUAUCUGACCGACUGAGCUGAAUGAAGAGACUUUAAAGGCUUGUGUCAGCGGAGAUGUUGGCAGGUGCGUUAGUUCUGGGUGCCAUCCUUACAGCGUUACCAGGUAUCCAGGGCAGGUGGAGUGUGACAUUUUCUAGGAGAGAGAUCUGUGUGUGGGCAGGAACAACCGUCACUCUGCCCUGCCGUUAUGACUACCCAUCAGGUCACACUGUGAAGCGGGUCAUGUGGUUCCGUGUGUCCGCAGAAGGUCGCAGGGAGUUCGCUCACCACACUGACCCAAACCAGAUCAGCCUGUCGUACCGUGGACGCACUCGCUACAUCGGGGGCAGCUAUUCCAGCUGUUCAGUCCAGAUUCGGAUUGUGAAGCUGAGUGAUGCAGGCGAGUACCACUUCAGGUUUGAGACAGACCAACCACUGGGGAGAUGGACCUCCCCUAACACCAUCACUCUCGACGUCACAGACCUCCAGGUCCAGGUGCAUCCAGCGAGGCCCGCCAACAUGUUCGGCUUUGGAGAGACUGUGUUUGUAGGUUGCCAGGCCAGAGGAUGUGCUGCUCCAGGAAGGAGCCUUGCACUGUACAGGAACGGGCUAAAUCUUGGGUCCUAUGAGAAGUGGAUGAUUAUCAACCGCUUUGACCAGCAGCACGCUGGAGCCUACACCUGUCGACCAAUCCCACCACAGAAUGUCCAGUCACCAUCCCUCUCCCUGGCUCUGGGACAUGGUCCUCACUCCACCUCAAUAGCAGUCUUUCCAGCAGGGGAGGUGUCAGAGGGGGGGUCGGUCACGCUGACCUGCACUAGUGAUGCAGCUCCACCUGUAGAGAGCUUUGCAUGGUUCAAAGACAUGGACAGUGGCAGCAUCCCAGACAGUUUCAGGCCUCAGCUCCACCUGUCGCACCUCAAAUACAUAGACAGAGGAGAGUAUUUCUGCGUAGCACGUAACUCGCUGGGAACGGACCGCUCCAAACCACUUCUGCUAAACGUCACUUACUCUCCAAAGAACACGCGUGUGCUGGUGAGCCCUCCAGGUGACAUCAGAGAAGGCUCAUAUGUAAACCUGAGCUGUGUCAGCCACGCCAACCCUCCUGCCAGCAGGUAUGCUUGGUAUCGUAUCCUAGGUGACCAGGUGUUGGUUAAAGGAACCUUCCAGAACCUGACGUUCCCUUUAGUGCGUGCACAGCAUGCGGGUCAGUACUACUGCACAGCGUGGAGCCGGUUAGGAUACCAAACCUCCCCUGUUGCCACGCUCACUAUACUGUACCCUCCAAAGAACACCUCGGUUCUGGCUCGUCCCUCCAGUGUUGUGGAUGCUGGCCGACCUUUGACCUUGACCUGCAGCAGUCAGGCCAACCCCGCAGUGGACAACUUCACAUGGCACCGCUUAACUCUGGAUGGGGGCUCUGUACAAUCGUGGGGCACCAAGUCCGGUCCUGUCUUCACCUUCUCAGAGGUCGGCCCUGGAGAGAGCGGCCAGUACUACUGCGAGGCCAGGAAUCGAAUUGGAGUCCACAGCUCUCCUGUCCUCACCGUACGAGUCAGAGGUCGCCUUAAGGUCAUUGCCUUGGCAUCAGCAGUAGGCGUGUCUGCUGGGCUCAUCACUCUCACAGUGGCCAUUAUGAUCAGCAAGAAUAUGCACAGAGUAGACAUGGAGUCAGAAGUAGCAAACAAGCGGCCAUCAUUGACAGCUGACACCAUGUUCUAUGAGUCAGCCCAGCAGACCUUUCCAGUGAGAAAGGGCAAGAUGUCCGACAUACCGGAGGAGCCAGAGGACUUGAGUGACAGCUCCCACCCUGCCAUUGUUCCUUUGAAAGAUGCUCCACCAAUCACAGAAGUUGAAAGUCACAGCCCCGCCCCCAACUACAUCACUGUCCACUACUCCAAGUUAUCCAGCGCGGACCAGGUGCAGGUCCACAAUCUGCCACUGGGUGGUGAUAAAAAGCCGAAGGAUUCCUCCAAAGCUGUUUACACUUUACUGCACCAGCCUCGCCACUGACAAACCAGCUGACUGGCCUUCCUCAUGUGAGCCAAUCACUUUACACCCGUUCACCCACAGAGGAUUGUGGGACAGGAUCACGGCUCCUUGUGAACUCUGACAAUGCCCUACACUGCUCCAGAGUUCACCAGACCAUGAGGACAACAUGUGGUCCUGGUCCUGAAUGCGGACCAGGAAUGUCUUUCCCUUUGUUUUCUAAGCAUCUUCCCACUGUGUGCUGCCUGAUGAAGCAGAGAGGUCGUUUCGCUUGCAUUCAUAUUAACAGUACAGGCUGCAUCUACCGCUGCCUUUUAGUUGAUGGCUGGAUGGAUGGCUUUUGUAUCCUGACCAGGGAAAAGUGACAAUCACUUGUAUUGCAACAUUGUCUCCAAUACAGAUGACAUUAGUGGAAAAAAGCUGUGGAAAUUGUUUGCCAUCUGUAAAGAAUAUGCAAUAUUUUGCACAUAAUUAACACUUUAUUCAACAAUGUUCUGAAUUGUUAGCAUUGUUGGCUUAUUUUGCUGAUGCUGCAACAUUUAUUCCAUUGAUACAGCUUGCUUCCCAUUUAAUCAGUCAGAGCCAGUAAUAACGCAAAAUUACAUGUUGCGGUUUGCUACACUAAAGAAAAAUAAAACAAUUAUAAGGGAACAAAUCGUAGCUUCAAUGUAUGUUGUGAUU